CAUUCUUGCAACGACGACGACGACUUGGGCCCAUACAACACUGCCCGAGCCACAAUGGCGUAUCCGGGCGGAGGAUCACCAGUGCGGCCGAGCAUCGAGCGGCUCGGCACGAGCGUCUCGACCGGCGGGCACGGCGUGCUGCUGAAUGACGACUCGUCGAUCGACGAGGGCGAGACGGUCGAGUCGUUAAUGUCCAAGCUGGCCAUUGAACGGAGAGUGCAGUACGGCGCGGAGAAGAUGCUCGACGUGAUGGAGCAGCGGACCGGCGACAGUCAGGAACAGAUCAAGGAGCGCAUCACUGCGCAGCUCGAGGUGUCCAACGACAAGAUUAAGCUGCUCGAGUCCAAGCUCGAGAAGCUGCGAGGUGGGUUCGGCUCUUUCUGCCAGCUGACGGAAGGUGCACAACAGCCGAGGGCUCCGCGGGGGCCGAAGCGCCUGAACGGGACCGCGCCGCUCUCGACCUCGGCGUCGAGCUCGAUGCUGCUCGGGCCUGGGCGGCCUUCGCGCCCGGGAACGGCGCUAGCCCGAGCCCCGCUCACGCCGGAGCGCAGCGCGCCGCCCGACUUCUUCAGCUCAGGGACGCCGAGCAAGCGCUCGCAGGCGCCGUCGUCGGCGCUCGCGUCCAGCGCCGAGGAGGGGUACUUUGCGUACAAGCCCAGCGGGGACGAGGACGCCAGCACGGCGAUCCAGCAGGAUGCGUACCGCGCCACGGCGCGCCAGCUGCGCGCGCUCGCCCACGCCGCGACCGAGGGCAAGGGCAAGACUGCCGAGCGCGGCGACGAGCCGUGGGACGCAAUGACGCGCCUCACCGACCUGUUCAAGCAGAGCCCUGCGCUCCGGCGGCACGUCGAGAUCGAGGACGUGCUCCAGAGCGUGCUCCUCUUCCUCGCUGACGACUCGACGUCCCGCCGUCGCGCGGCAGCGUACCGCUUACUGCGGUACAUGCUGACGCGGCUGAACUGGGGGCGCAUGAUCAACGGCGGGCUGCAGUGGAUCAUUAUUCGGACAUUCACACGCGACGCCAAGGCCGUUCACGAGCGCGAGCAGGCCCUCCGCCUCCUCCGCACCGUUGUCGUUCUGCCCGAGCUCAGUCCCCGCGAAAUCGGCAUCCUCCACCGCGCUUCCGUCGCCAGCGUGAUCGAGGACCCGAUCGCAGUGCUCCUCCGCCACAGGGUACCCCUCCAACAAGGCCUGGUACGGGCCAUCGUCAGCGCAGCCGAGAACCAGGACGACGCGAUGCGUAUCAUCUGCAUGGAGACGCUGGUAGAGAUCGCGCUGCUCGACCUCGAGUGCCUGCUCAGAGCGGACGCGUUCCGCAUCGUGCUGAAUGCGCUCAAGGACGGGCCUUGGGAACUUGGGCUGGGGAUCACGGGCUCGCUGCUCUAUCUUGUCAACCUGCCUGCGACACGCGAGAUGCUGAUACCCGGGUCUGAUGUCGAGGUGGGUUGCGUUAUUCCGAAGAAGCUGACCCGCCAGACUGUGCUCGUUGGCUUGACCGAGAACUAUGGUAAAGUGUCCCUGCGGCACAUGCAGCGCCACCUUGACGAGCUGGACCACUGUGUCCGCAACGUCGGCAUGCUGCUCGGUACUUGGUCGGGCAUGCUCUAUCUCUGCAUGGACAACUACCGCGCCGUCAAGUCGCUCAUCAGCUCGUUGCAUGUGCCAAUGUCUGAGAUGAGGAACGCCCUGCUAGACCUCUUCUUCAGCGCCUUCCGAAUCAAGGCACCGUCAUGGACUUCGGCGUUCCUCGACGGCCGCCGAUUAACAGUGUACAACCGCACGUUCGACGCGUCGAACCAGCUGCAGGAAACGCUCGACGAGGACGAGCCACCACAGCCGCUUAAUCUUUGCGACCACUACGUCGCGUUCCUGUUGGCAGUCUUCAUCGAAUCUGGGCUGAUCGAGGUGAGGUGGCCAAUCGCUCAGGUGCUGACCUCUCAGGCUCUGGUCGCACUGGUCCAGGACGAAGAGUGCGAGCAGAGUGUGCGCCGCAAAGCGACAUUACUACUGGGCGAGCUCCUGCAGUUAGCAAAUCGAGUGCUGCCGCUUCAAUACGCCGCCCAGAUCCAGUCACUACCCCGCCUGUUCUCUGGUGUCACAGAGUUCUCCAAACCCGAUGAGCGGAACGCUGCACUCUCCGCGCUCUCCUCCAUCGACAGCCUGUUCCGCAAUAACCGCAAGAGGGUACAUGGCGAAGUUGUCAGGCAGAGCCGACUGGCUCCCAGCUCGGUGCAAGAGUCGCUCAAGCGGAGCCAGCGGCAGGUACAGCAGGUCAAGCUCCGCCUCGGGUUGCAGAUGGACGACAAGGCGUUCCAGCUCAUGAUCAACGAGUCAGGGGUCUUACUCUCGCGAGACCAUACCAAGUGGAACUACGACGUCAUCAUGGACCUGCUCCAAGGCCCGCUCCUCAACCCCAAGCGCUUAGACGAGGUCAUGAAGGCGACCAAGUUCAUCCGGCGCCUCUUCUCCUUCCUCCAUCCGUUCAACAACCGGUUUAGCAGCAUCCUGCGAACGAGACCAAACCACAAAUGGGUCCGCCUGGCCUGCGCGCUGCUGACCACUCUGAUGGUCAACCCCGAGGGACAGCGCGCACUCUCAGAGGACAAACUCCUGCGACAGAUGGUCGACUGCCUCACCGAGCUCGACCAAUAUGCUGGCCAGCCGAGCGCCCAACCCGUGUUCGCGAGAGACAGGCUGGAGAACACACUGUCGUACGGGUAUUUUGAGAUGAUCGGCACUCUCAGCAAGCACACCGCAGGGAUUAAACUGCUGGAGAAAUUCAAGUUCUUCACUUGCUUCCACCACCUGUGCGAGCUGCGGUCACGCGAGGACAUCAUCAAGCUCAUCAUCGAGUGCUUCGACUACACCAUUGACGCACACCAGAGAAUCGUGCUCUCCAAGGCUCUCACUUCGAGCUACAUGGAGACACGCCUAUUCGCGACCCACCACCUUGGUCGCCUGCUGAACGAGUCACCUGAUCUCACCGACUGGGCAAUCCAGCUCCUCAUCACUCAGCUGUACGACCCCGCUCUCGACGUCUGCGAGAUUGCCGUCAUGUACCUCGAGGGGGCGUGCACCGACCCCGUCAACCUCGAAAAGGUUGUCCAUCUCUCACCGACGUUGGAUCACCUCGGUGACAUUGCUGCCAACUUGUAUUUGAGGUUCAUGUCCACGUCCGUCGGUUUCAGAUAUCUCCAGCACGCCAACUACGUCGACUACGAGCUCGAGAACUGGCUAGCCGAUCAAAACCUUCUCUACGUUAUCGAGGUCGAGACCUUUGUGUCCAAGACGAUCCGGCCGUUCGCACGUGACUCGGUCGACGACUACUGGGAGUACGAGGGCACAGCGCCAACCCACUUCUUUGGCGAGCUGUGCAAGACACCCGAGGGGUGCCAGUACUUGAGAGAGAAGGGGCUCGUGCCUGCCUUUGCCGAGAUUGUGCGGCAGCACGGCAUGGAGGCGUCGGACCAGGCGCUCAUGACGAGCGUGAAGAGUGCCCUCUGGGUAUUGGGUAACAUCGGGUCCACAGAAGGCGGACUCGCCUUCCUCGAAGAUGAGGAGAUAAUCGACGUUAUCAUUGAGAUCGCUGAGAAGUCACCAGUCCUGACAUUGAAGGGAACGUCCUUCUUCGUCAUUGGCCUCAUCUCGUCCACGCAGAUGGGAGCCGAGAUCUUAGAGGAGUACGGUUGGGUCGCUACGCGCACUCCUAUGGGCCAGACAACAGGGCUGUGCUUGCCAAACGACCUGACGCGCUUCGCACACAUCGAGCCGUGGAAGCCAAGGCGUGUUGACCCAACAACGCCGCCGCUGCCUGUGCUCACUGGCCUCGAGGGAGAAGUGAUGGGCAUGAUCUCCAAGCUGAGCAAUUAUGUGCUUGCAGCAGGAGCCAUGAACAAUCUCAAACGUGUCCGCAACCGCCACCCCCGUUUGUUCCACUCCGUAACCUUCUUCCACCGAGCAAUGCGGGCCAUCUCGACCAACCACUUCCAAGCCCCCGUGAGGAAGUUCAUCCUCGACCUGUUCGACGUCGAGAUCGGACCACACACACUACCGAGGCUAGCGCACGUAGAGCGAGGGUCGUACAUCCAAGGCCCGCCCCACCCAGACGUCAUCCCCACCGAGGUGCUACCAGGUGCCACGCCGAUGGUCGACAGCCCCGGCGUUGUGGAUAACAUUUCGCCCACGGACGCAGAUAGCCGGCCACGAGCGAGCUCGUCGCCGGGCCGUGAACCCCCAAGCCGUGAACGCCGCACACGGAGCAUCACCAUCUCGGACAUUGCGGGCUCGAGCAGCAAUACGCCCACACCAAAGGCCACGGCGGAAAGCAGAGUGGAGCCACAGGCUGCACCGCCGCACGAAGAGGGCAGCAACCGCGUCAAUGGGGAGCAAGUACAUCACGAACCAGAGGAGACACACGCUCUAUGAGAGCGAG